GAGAAACACUUCUUAAAAUGAAGAUCCUGAUAGCAUUAACGUUCGUCCUGUCCGUAGCCACGGCCAUGCCACAGUUCGGCGGUGGUUUCGGAGGCCGUCCAGGCGGUGGAUUUGGAGGCGGUGGAUUCGGAGGUGGUCCGGGUGGCGGUGGAUUCGGAGGCGGUCCUGGUGGCGGUGGAUUUGGAGGCGGUCCAGGCGGUGGUUUCGGAGGCGGUCCUGGUGGCGGUGGAUUCGGAGGUGGUGGUUUCGGAGGCGGUGGAUUCGGAGGCGGUCCAGGUGGCGGUGGAUUCGGUGGCGGCCCAGGAUUCGGAGGCGGUGGAUUUGGCCGAUAA